GGCUAAAUCUCGCUUGUAUCGGUUGAUGAAGACUACAAAGUUAGGCUAGGCAGUUUAUCCUCCGACCUCACCCCCGCCAAUGAAAUAGAAGAAGUCUUUGCCACCACCACCAACAUCCCCAAAUCAACCCCUAUCAAACUCGGCAAAAUGUCCUCACCUCAACCUCCUCCUCCUCCACUACCAUCACCCAACACCCGCCGCAUCAUCACAACCCACAACGCCUCCCGCACCGCCACCAUCGCCAUCAACGCCCCGAAAGAGCCCACCGCCCUCGCAGACGGCACAUACCUCAACCCCCUCUGGUCGUCCGCCGAGAUCCCCGCCACGAUCGACCAGGACUCAACCAAGAUCGAACCCGACUCGACCGCCGCAACAACCGGCGGCUCCGUCUUCUGCACCUACGAUUUGCCCCCGCGAUACGAGGGCCCGAUGCAUCGCUCCAUCACCCUCGAUUAUGUCACCGUCACCCGUGGCGUCGUCAUGCUGAGCACGGAUGAUGGGUCCACGGUGACGCUGCAGGCGGGCGACACGGUCGUGCAGAGAGGUACCAUGCACAAGUGGGGGAAUCCGUCGGAUGAAUGGGCUAGAUUGACUUCAGUGAUGGUGCAGGCGCGGCCGGUGGUGGUGGAGGGGGAGGAGAUGGGGGCGGUGUGGCCGUUUUAGUUCUUUUGAUAUUGCACGGGAGAGGAUGUGGUAGUCGAAUUGUUGAGUGAAGCAGUUUGUGGGCUUGCACAACUAUAAUCACUGUAAUGAUGGGUUAAUGUGUAGGGAUCUAUUCUGUCUA